UCCAUAUGUCCUUGCUGUCGUGCUUGUUGGUGCUGUGCUGGGCCCUUGCCGUCUGCCAGCCCCUCCCUCGCACUUGGCGACCGAUCGAGGGAGGGAUAGACCAAGCCAUGAGGUGGAUCUCAGACGCAUUAAGGCUGCAAGAGGGCAACAGGACCGACAGACCAGGUGAGCCAGUGCAGCGGGAGAGGACGAUGGACAACAGCGCAUAUUGUGCGGUCUGUUGCCUUCAGGCUCACCACCACCGACAAGUGACAACGACCAGGCCCCCUGUCCAGGUGAUUUGUGAGCAGGCAGCAAAAGCAAGGGCAUCGUCGCAACGGACUUUGCUUUUCUUUCUUUCAGAGCCGCUUCUCCUUGAAGCAACCGAGCAAUUGAAAACGGGAGACAACUGGCAAUCUUCACUCAGGGUAUGGGAUGACGACAUCAGUCCAUUCGUUAUUGUGGCACUUGACGCUGGGGAGAAAGGGACUGUCCAGCUCUACGUCCGAGAUCAAACUGGCCCCGACUGGCCCCCUGGAGGUUUUUUAUUCGAGUAAGUGGGGUGCAUGAUGGAAAUGGUAAAUAGCACGCUUCCUGGCAGUGAUGCUUUCCCGGCUGUAGGAACAUACUUCCUGCCGAUGCUCCCUCUGAUCACACGGCUGGGACGUACGAGUCAGUCGUUGUGGUCCUGACGGCAAAUAUCAAGGACGCCAUUGACUUCCAGGUAUCCUUAGAUGAAUCAAUUGGAACAAGGGCCAUUUAGCGCACACAAUAACUCGCUAAGUGUUCUGUGGACUUUGCAUUCUGUAGGUCGAGUGCGUGGAUGGGCCUUGUGAAUUUAAGCUGAUUGCUUUUGAGCACACUGGCAAUUGCGUACCAAGAGCAGUCGAUGGAGAGGUACUUGGCGUGAACAAGACUAUCGAUCUGGAGACACUCCCGCUUUUCCCUCCUCCUCCAGCGCCCCCAGGAGGUCGUCUGCCAAGACCAUGUCCAGGCAAGCGCAAGAAAUGAAGAGCUGCGCACUAUGAUGUACGCCUACGUACCUGAGUGCUCAUCAGGUCACCCUUCUGGUCCAUUGAAUGGCUCGUUGGGAGAGGGCGGCUUCAACAGGCUCGACAAUAUUGCUGGUCUUUUCCCUGCUUCUGGUCCUUUUCCUGCCCGCUAUUUCAUCGUUGCUCUGGAUUCACUCAUUACGGGCAACAGUGACUUGGAGGUGUUCGAGAUCGAUUCUGACGGAUCAACAGGGUAAGGAAGCGGAACUCCUCAUGAAAUGGACUGAAUGGUGCGUUCAUGCAGGCUCAUCACAGCGACCGAGGUCGUGAGUGAUGAUACGAUAGACAGAUAUGAAGAUGUAGUUGUUGUUGAUGCAAGUGCUUUUAAUCGCACUUUUUCUGCUGCAGUAACUAAGCCAUGGCUUCAGUGCUCGCAUUCAAUGCUGUGCGUGGUCUUUUUGUUCAGGUGAAAUGUAUCACGGGUCCAUGUGAAUGGGUGCGCAUCCAAUGCCAACAAGCUGAACACAUUCUUCUUACUCUCCGUUGUUUGUUUGACUUGCUUUUGCAGCAACUCAUCACUUUCUAUCAUACUGGCAAUUGCACGCCAACGCUGCCUCACGGCGUGAUAGUGCCUGGAGUCAAUACACAGAUUGCCUUUGACCAACCUUUUCUCUCCCCUAUAUAUAUUUUUCCGCCUUCCUGACAGAGAAGUCAUUUGCCAUUGUCGCAGCUCUUUUUCCCCCACUCAUUUGCGUGCAUGACAUUCUUGGCAUAGUAAGUGGUCACAUAAUGCUGAUUCGCUGUAUUUCUGACGCUAGACAGAAGCGACGUUUCAUGUAAUGAAUCCUUACGACUGAUACAGUACGUAUCAGCAUGCAAGACUCACCAGUGUUCGUGCUUGCUGUAAAAUCAUUCCUGAAAAA